UUUCAGUCAAACUGACAACAUAACAAUAAUGUCUACAAAAAAUACGAGUUCAAAAUCACUACCUAAUUCAAUUCUACAAGACACGUUAAAUAGUGCCCUUUUAUUAACAGAAGUAGGUGUCGAUUUAAGAGGAUGUUAUGUGUCAGGAAGUAAAUGUUUAAGUCAACUUAAGAACAUCAUUACAACCACAGAAGGUGCUAUAGAAGCAUUACAAUUAACUGCUAAAAGUACUUUGGAGCAUGCUCACAAAAUUGUUGUGUCCAUCAAUAAUAGUAAACCGACCAAAGAGGGACAAGAAUUGAUAACAAUUAUAGAUAAGCAAUUAUCGGAGUUAAAUACGACUGGAAAUCGAAUGGUCGACGAUACUCAGCAGAUGAAAGAAAAAGUACGAAUCGAAAAAAGGUGUGGCAGUCCCACUACCAGUUGGACAAAUAAAAGUAUCAAAUCAGAUGUCAAUGAAAAGUAUCCUGAAAAUUUAUCACGCGAAUCAUUAAUUGAUUUAAAUUCAAUCGCCAAUUUGCCUCCUGUACCCGAAGACAUUUUCACCAGUUUUUCGACUAAACCUAUGAGGUCUUCAAGUUUAUCAUCACUAAAAAGUAUGCGUAAGGUGAAAAUGUUUUUACAAAAAGCCGAAAGCUCCGACGAAGAAGAUAUAUCUGAUAAUGAAGAACCCGAUUUUGCGAAAAUAUCGAUAGGUGAUGCGAAGGACAGUUUUGAUGACGGGGAUGACAGAAAACCAUUAACGCCUAUUAGUAAGAAGUUGUUGUGUGAUAUAACAGAAGAGACUAAAGUCGAAGACUAAUAAUAGUUGUUGAUAUGUUGAAAUACUCGAAUUUGUGAGGACAGAUAAAUUUAUUAAAGAUAUGUCUAAAACAGAAA